AUGCAGCAGCCCCCGAUUAAUCGUCAAGACCUACUAGCUGCGAGGAAACUUGCCGAGUCAAAUGCUACCACGAAUUACUUCCUUGGUGCAACCCGACGCCCGUGGAUGACAAAUGCCGUCACCAUACCCAGCCUCCCGGCUGAGAGAGGGGUGCUUCGAUCACCAAGAGGAAGAGGUAAAGGUACCGCUGCUACGAAUACAGUGUCGGGACCUGCAGUACCAAAAAGUGUACAAGACGGUCGUCAGGCUCGAACUACCGCAACACCACAAUCUAUUGCGAGUAAUACCGCUUCAUCCCUUGCUGAAAGCCUGAGUGCGCCCCGUGCAACGACUGAGAUCACGAGGAAAAGAUCAUUAGAUGUGGCUGACUUGGAUGUCAACACGGGACGAUGUUCCGGAUCUCAUCCAGGGGGGCAACCGAGCACGGCUUCGACAGUGCCAUCAGCAGAAGCUGCUCGAACAUCCCAUCCCCUCCGAGUCCCGGACAGUCCAGUCUUAGACAAGAACGAAUCACAGUUGGUAAUCAACUCUGCACUUUACCGCCUGAAUAGUUUUCAGGCAGAAAUUGUGAGGUUAGGCAUGAUCGAGACUCAUAGAUUUUCGCUGUUGAGGGAAGCCUGCGUCAAGAAUGAUCUGUUCUAUCUUUGCAUCCACCAGAUGUUCUGCAUUGUCUCUUUGAAUCCUCGAUGGCCUUCGAUGAAUGGACUAAACGAAGAUCAGUCUGCUGGCCUCGGUCUUCUGUCUUUGAUUUUGUUACACAAUAAAGAUGUGUCCGUGGAAGUCUUGCGUUUCUUCGCUAGCCUCCCAGCUCCCAUUGAAACGCUUAUCAAAGGACAGAUCGUUUACAAAGAUAUCAUGGGGAUGGUAGCAGUCUUUCUCCAACGUUUUGCAACCGGCUGGGACAUGCUCCGGGAAAAGUGCUUCAAGAGAAAGUUUCCGCCUUUUGUGGAGGAGCUCAUUCAUGUUUUCGAAGUGCAUUCUCCUGUCCUUCAGAAAGUUCUCUUCAACUCAAUUCACAGACAACUUGGCGGUGCGAAUAACGCAAAACUGUGCCGGCAAGGUCUGAUUUUGUUUGACACAAAUCAAAGUCAGUAUCGGGCUCAAAGGAUGAGGGACGCAAGUGCGGAUCCUAGGGUUCAGACAGUAAUUCUAGAUGAACUUAGGCUGCUAGGAGAACGAUACAAGGAACUUUGGAAAGAAGCCAAUGAAUCAACCGGUCAAGGCCCACUCGGCAGAGAUGUAGUGACAUUUGAACGGUCAAGACCUCCACCGCUUUACAUCGCCCCGAAUGAGUAUGCUUCUGGUACAUUGCCUACUCGACAUACGUUGCCAUCACUACCUCAGACUGUUGAGCAACAGCAGCAGCGUGGUCAUAUGCAGUGGGUUUCAGCCCCGAAUCACCUAACUCGGGCACAUUCCACGAACGAUCUAAGGGGUAACAGUGCGUUUGCCAGUGGACCAAGUUCAGCCACCAGAAUACAACAGAUAAUCAGCCCAAGGAUUCCACCCAAUUUCGUGCUACAGUCAUCACCAAGUGGCGCUGAUAACUUCCCAACACGCGUGGCAGGCAAUGCAGGGCAAGGGCCGGUACCUCCACAGAGACGAGGUCGGCCACCUCUAUCGAGUCGACCUGUAGUACCUCAUAUACCUACAUCUGUAGCUCAGCAUAGUCAUGUUGGUCGACGUCGCCAUCUUGACUCUCGUUCUCCACCAAUCCACUGGUCUACCCGUCAUCACUCGUUCAUUCCUGCUGCCGGAUACGAGCCCAUACAGACGUCGGUUCCAGAUCCAAGCCGCCUCGCACUUCAUCAAGCAUACCUAAAAAGUCCCAUUGCCGAAAAGAUCAACGGAAUUGGCCAGGUCCAACCAGAAGUUAGGCUAUAUCAAUACCUGGAAUCAUUUGCCGUUGCACCGAAGGCCAUAGACCCGGAAAGCUCUUCACUCUGUUGGGAAUUUUGCACCACCGUAUCUGACAUGUCCAAGAAAGCGGUAGACAUGACUGCAUCGGAUGGACAGGUAAAGCGGCAGGUAUCUGAUGGGUGCCUCUUGUACCGCCUUCGGUCAGUUGAGGUUGCUCAGUCCUUUCAUGCUAUCGAAGCAAGCGAGUGGAGCGUCAAAGACAUGAGCUGGCCACCAGGCUGUUUUGUGACUAUCAACGAUGUCGAGAUUGAGCUCAGAAGAAAGAUUCACCAUGGCAAGGACCUACCGGUUGAUCUGACACCACAUAUUCGUGAAGGGGCAAACAACAUCAUGAUCGGCCUCCUACGCAGCCAAGAGGGGACGAAAGCAAAGCGCUAUGCGAUGGCAGUAGAAAUUGUGGAAGUUGGCGACGAAACUCGAAUCAAUUCUGCCCCAACCAUGCUAGCUGCCGAUGAUUCGCUCCGAUCGAUCACCCAGGCCUUGAAGGCACCCUAUGGCACGACUGCAGGUGAUGAUGACGAAGUGCAAGUGGUCGACUCUCACUUAAGCAUCGACCUAAUCGAUCCAUUCAUGGCUACCAUUUUCGACAUUCCAGCCCGUGGCAAUGCAUGUACCCAUAGAGAAUGCUUUGACAUUCAGACAUUCUUCCAAACACGCAAAUCUCGAGUGAAGGAUGGGCCUACGAGUCCUGACGAGUGGAAAUGCCCUAUCUGCAAGCAAGAUGCUAGGCCACAGAGCCUAAUCGUGGACUGUUUCUUGAAGGCUGUCAGAGAUUCUUUGGUGACAUCAGGUGCUGCUGCAAAUGCAAGAGCAAUUUUGAUCGGUACUGACGGGAGUUGGAAUAUCAAAAAGGAUGAUGACGAUACAGUGGAGACAAAAGAGGACCCGAAUGCAACAAUGGCGGACUCUCUAGCGACGAGCAAAGAUACGGUACCUGGAUGUGUUCAACGGACUGGGAAUUUAGUGAUUGCGAUUGAUGACGACUGA